AUGUUUUAUCCGUUGUUGAGCUACUUGCAAGUUGAGACGGAGUUGGCAAAGAAUAGUGUCCCUGUCCUAGAGUGUAGUAUUCACAGCUUCAACUGCGGAAGUGCCAGGAAUGUAAGAUUGAAUAGUUGGAGGUGGUUUCCCAUAGACGGCUUCAUGAGGUUGAAUGGCAGAAUGGUAUGUAGUAUUAUACCACCAUUCGGCCCAUGGGAGCCAUGUGGACCAACUAGGGAGUUUAUCCCCUGCAAAACAACGCAAAUAAUGCUCAAGGGUAUGGUUCAAGACCUCAGUUUGGCCAUUGGACUAGGGAUGAUAUGCAGAGCUGUGGCAAAGCUUGGUCCCCUGUAG